UUGAAUCGCGUGUAUAUUUUAUAUACAUCACACGCCUUAUUACAGAAACGGCUUAUCUCGUCUAAUCACCUGACUCCGCGACGCUCGAGAUCACGUACAUUAAACACACAGUACACGGUUCGCGCGUAACCGCCGAAAUCGCUUCAUUGAUGCGCGCGCGCGGCUUAAUUAACGCCGCUUUACCAAUCGUAGUUUCACGUGACGCCGAUGGUUUCGAAUUUUCCUCGAAUUUUACUGCAUCGCCGGAGCUUCGGGAAAAUUUUUCGAGCGUAUUAUUGUGCAAUACGCCGCAGCGCGUUUGUACAUAUAUCGACGAAGAAAGCCGCGCGCGAUUAGUACUCGGCGAAAACAGGAUGCUGAAGGCGAAAAAGGCUGCACUCUAAGCGUUACAAGGAGAUGUGAGCAAGAACGAGAGGAAGAAAUUCGAGAAAAAAGAUAGAGACGUAGAGAGAAUGGAGCAGAGCAACGGUGGAACGCCGACGAAGAAGAAGCAGGUCUUCUUCUCGAUCGGUUCCUACAGCGAACGCGACAAGCGAGUGAUCAACAAGAUCUCGCCCGGCCUGUUCUCCGACGUGACGCUGCGCAAUGAGCAGCCCGCCAGAGAACCACCACCCAGACGAGUCCUCCGAGAGCGUCCGGCAUCCCUGGACGCGACCGAUUCGGUCAAGCACAGCCACACCCUCCCGAACCUGCGCAAGUUCAAGCCUCUCGAGUCCCUGGUCGACGAGGACGACCGAGUGGUCAUCGUCGACAAGAACGGCGACGUCGAGAAGCCCAGCUGUCCGCCGACCAGCAGCGGUGACAACGCCUGCGCCAAACCUACUGCCCAGCAGCCGAACGGUCAGGUCGAGAAGCCGACCUAUCCUCCCAAGAUGAUGAACAGAUCGGUAUCGCUCGAUACCGAUCAGCUGAGACACACCGGCAAGGUCGCGCUGACGAUCGCCGCCUACGAGGGCGAAUCUCGGACUCCGACGAGGCUCGAUUUUCUACCGAGUCAGAAGCUCUCCAGGUCGAGCUCCAAGGCGAGCGACGUGACGUCCUCGCUGACCACGACGCCGCUCGAGGAAGAAGCCGCUGAGCACAUUGGCUCCAGGUUGCAGAACGAGCUCGUCGCUACGCUCAAGAGGUCCAAUCUGAAAAAGAGGCACGACGAGGACGGCGAGACGCCGCCGCCGCCGCCGCCGCCGCCGCCGCCGCAGUCACCUGCUGCAGUGAGUAAACGAGUUGACUUCGAGUUGCAGGACAACGGAAGGGUCGAGGAGGUGGAGGUUCACGUGGAGCAGAGCAAAGAUGAGGCUGAGCUGCCCAGUGGCGGCGUGAAGAAGGUGGCUACGGUUCUGGAGAAGAGCCUCACAUUCAGGGCUAAUCCCGAAGCUACUACGGCACCGACUGACUUACCCGAAGAGAUUGUAGAGAAGAAGGAGCACGAAGUGGAGAAUGUUACACAGAAGGAAGAGCUCGACUUGAAAGAAGUGGCCGAAGCCCCAGCAGAGAAGGAUGUACUUCAAGUUCAGGCUCAUGAAGCUCCAGAGAAGGAAGUACAUGAAGUAGAAGCUCAUGAAGCUCCAGAGAAGGAAGCGCUUAAAGUAGAAGCUCAUGAAGCUCCAGAGAAGGAAGUACAUGAAGUAGAAGCUCACGAAGCUCCAGAGAAGCAGGUAGUCGAAGCAGAAGCUCAUGAAUCUUCAUCGGCAGCUGAGCUUCCCAAAGAAGAAAAGAAGGAAGAGCACAAAGGUUCGGAGAAAGAACACGAGCCAGUUCUUCAAGUUGAAGAAGCUAAGGUGGAAGAUAAAGUUCCAGAGAAGGAUGUCAAGCUUCCCGAGAAGAGUAUUGAACAAUCGCUGGUUGAUGCUUUCGACGAGAUAAUCACGUUGACUGACGAUACGGAGAAGAAAAAGUAAAAAUUCACGCGAUUGACUUAUACUGAUUGUUACCGAAAGCCACUUAUAAUGCAAUGUUAUUUAUUUUUUUAACUUCCCCAAGUCUUUGUUCCUCUUAGUCCGUCGCUCAAGAUACAAUUUUAUUUAUUAUGCCUUAUCACUUUGUUGAUUGAAACGUUCAAAUUUUAAUUGCUGUACAGAGUCAACGCCGUUUCCACUUCAAAUAGAUGCAACCUGAUGAUGGAUAAUAAAACCUUUGUUACACAAAA